AUGCCUAUCAGAGCUAUUUCACAGGUCGCUACCGCCCGUAAUGGGUUGGGCGCGUUCAUCGUUCCAUGCAAAAGAGUUACAUUAACCUACUGCAACUGGGGCGGUAGCUCCCAGGGAAUGAGAGACUUCCUCACCAAGGACUUGAAGGCCAUCGCCGCCAAACACCCACAGAUCGAAUUCAAAGUCAUGAAGAAGGAGGGCCACCCGAUCAUCAAAGGCGAAUACAACAACGGGAAGGAAAAGGUGAUAUCCGUCAGAAAGAGAGACCCGCUCUGGAUCAACGACAAGAUCUACUUAUUGACCCAACAGUCAGGCAAGAAGCUCAUCAAGAACUUUGGGAAGAAGCAGGAUGUCGAGUCCCAAAACGAGUCCAUCAGAGGCAUCUGGUCCCCAAUGCAUACCGACCCGUCGGUCAGACACAGAGUCUAA